CGUAGCAGCUGCGCCUUUACAGCUAGUCGCCGUGCCUCUUCACUCCUUUGCUAUAAUACACUCAUUCUCGCGAUACCACUGUUAGAUCCAUUCAGAAAUCCCAAACCGUCCAUCCACGACGCAAGCCUCAAGGUUGAGGCAGAGUUCAAGACCUAUUUAUUUCUUCUCUGGGACUUCUAG